AUGACCGCAGCAUUAAGGAAUGAACUUUAUAAAAAUGUAAUUGUGGAUUUGGACAAUUUUUGGACGGAGCUUUUCCUGGGUAAAGAUUGGUCCGAUCAAACAUGGAAUAUUUGGAAAAGCUAUAAAGCAUACGAACAAAAUGAAAUUAAGAUCCAGGAAAAAGCUGAGACGGGGACACAGAUUCUGACUGGAGACAUGACUGAAGAUGAAAUGUGGGACUGGCUAAAUUUUUAUCGUGAGAAUUUUUUGAAUCAGCUCACAGAUAAAUUCCACAGACCAUCGGAAAAGUUUCCAACAAUCAUCAAAGAAGAAGAAGGCUCCAAGUUGCGCUGCAGUUAUUUUCGCUCGUCAGAUAAAUGCCCGAUGGGGGGUACUGACAAUGAUUACCAGGCCGACUUCCUCACAAAGAGAAUCGGGUCUUCCAAUGCUCAUAGUAAGGUUCAUCAAUGGAGUGAUGUGAGAGUACUGGGUGAGUUUACGAAAAAGAAAUCUUCAGGUCAAAGGAACGAAAAGUUUUAUCAGCUGUCUAGACUUGCUCUCCAAGUGUUUUACACACAGCCACUUCGUCAUUUCGUACAUGGAUUUACCGCGUUCAAAUCAAAUUUUGAACUGUGGGUGUUUAAUCGCUCGGGCGCAUAUAGCUCGGGCUUAUUCAAUAUCGAAGACGAUAAAGAAAAGCUAGUGAGAGCGAUCUGUUCAUACCUUUUCAUGAGUGAUCAAGAACUAGGUAUUGACUCAUCUAUUGAAAAAGUUAAUGGACGGUCUUCUGUGUCCAUUUAUGAUGAGAAACAGAAGGAGACUAGGAAGUUUGACAUUAAUCCGAAUCCUUUUUUCAUGGUGGGUACCAUAGUCACUCUUGGAACUACCUGUUUCGAAACUUCGGACAAAAGCAGUGUUGUUAAAUACUCGUGGGUCAGGACUCCAGGUAAAUCAGAAAUCGACUUUUUGCAACAUGCCCAUGGAAUAGAUGGCGUAGUCGAGUAUGUUACGGCAGACAUAAUCUGUACCAUAGGUGAUCAUCUGAAGGACCUCAACUUCAGCAAUGCGAAAUAUUUGAAGAUGAUGGACUGCAAUCCUUUUAUCUGCAUGGCUGAAGGUGUAGAGGUACCUCGGACUCCCCAGUUGAGAGAUCGAGAACUUCGCAGAAUAGUUAUCUCACCUCGUGGCCAUAGUCUUCGUUCCAGUAAAACGAUUAUGGAGUUUCUUGUUGGCAUCCGAGACGCAAUUGUGGCACACCGCCGCCUAUAUGUCGAAAAGAAAAUACUUCAUGGUGACAUCUCUGACGGUAACAUCAUUCUAGCAACUGUAGGUGGUAAAACUCAAGGGAUGUUGAUCGAUUUGGAUCACGCCGAAAUGGUCGACCCACCACCAGGCAAAGAUGACAACUUGUUCUUGACUGGCACCAUGAAAUUCAUGGCGCUUGAGAGGCUACAAUCCGCUGCAAAUCGUGGGGAAACCAUAGCUCGCACGUUUCAUCACGAUCUGGAGUCGUUCUUUUAUGUGUUCAUAGUAGGAUGCAUAACAUAUGAACGUGGAGAGAAAUCACAAGAAGUUAUUGAUCUACAAGCUUGGUCAACAGAAAACAUCAAGUCUAAUUACGAUGCAAAGGAACUAGCUAUCUUGGGCUUUAGAAGAAGAAUUCUCGAUAACUUCUCCACCAAAUUCUUAGAUUUUAAGGCUUUAGCAUAUGAACUCCGAACGAUACUUUUUGGAGAGCCUGGAGAUGAAUAUAGCACCCCUGAAGAUUAUGAAGCCGAAUAUGAGAAGAUUAUUAAGGCAUUCAGCAAUACCAUUGAAGAUCUAAGAGGUAAGAUCAAUCAAUUACUACACAAUUACUACACAAUUACUGUUCCCUUAAAUGAGAGUCUAGCUAACAUUCUCAAUUAUUUAGAUGGGACAAUCGAGAAUAAAUUGUUGGCUAGAGGAACAUCAUGA